AUGUCAGCUAAAAAGCAAAGCGCGAUCACUUCGUACUUCACACGGACUCCUAAAGCUGAAAAUUUGGAGAAAAAUGUGAAUGAAAAUCCCAGGAAACCAGCAGAAUAUACGCCGCAGAAAAAACGAGUUGAAGAAAAUGUGAAGGAAAAGAACAAUGGGGAGGAUUUGGUGGAAAUUAUAGAAAAAUUGCCGGAGAGAAAACGUCAAAUGGAAGUAAUCGAUGUGAGUAUUUGAAACUAUUUUUCGUUUUGCAUACUGAAAAAAAUUUAAACAAAUGUUUACAUUGUCAGUUGACUUCGCCGGAAAGAAAACGUCGCAAAGAAGAGACAGAAGUUAUUGUUGAGUCAUUUUCCGAUGUUUCUUUGACAGCAAUGUUCCUGAAAAUGUUUGAAAAAUGA